GGUGGCCGCUUCCCUCCGCGCGAGACAAAGGCGCGCACACCCGCCUGCUAGACGGGCCGUGGCGCUCCAGGCGGGACCCUUCCUGCUGGCGGGGGAGUCUCGGCUUUGGCGGGUGGGGCGACGAAGGGGUCGCGCCCGGGACCCCGAAGCUCGGAUCGCGUUAGCUGCUACUCUUUCUUUGUUCUCCCUAGCCAAGUUUCUUUGACAGAAACCAGGGAGUUACAUCUAGCUCUCCCUUGCCGUUAGUGCUGCCUUUAAAGAAAUGAAAAACAUUAAACUUUCCAAGUGGAACUGUUUUUUCUUGGAAUGUGACAUUUGUGGCAGGAAGGAGAUUGGCACGUCGGCCGAUGACAGCCGAGCGGAGCCGGGGCCCUGCACUUGGGUAGGGGCCGGCCAUAGUCAGCCCCGCUGGAGGACAAGGCGUUGGAACAGACGAACCCCGGCGCGCACCCGCCUCGAGGGCCUCUGCCGCCUGGACUGAGCUCGCGGCGAUGAGGCCAAGUUUACCCCCUUGGAACCCCAGCCUGAGAAUCCCCACUCCCCGCCCGCAGCUCCUGCGCCUUGCCACGCCCUACUCUCUGGUAUCUUGAUUGGUGGCUGGGAAGACUUUCCCUUUCCAUUUUCGUUUGAAGGUUUUUGCCUUUUGGGCUUUGGUGUUGGUUUACUGUCUCCAAGUGGCAAAUGCUUUGGAAAAUGCCUGGCUUACGUGUGGAUCACCUGGACUGGGGCUUCAGUAGACAGAGGCCCAGAUUGUGUGGGCCUCCAGAGGCUUUGCGGUUUGGACCAACAUUUUGCUCCCUUGCCAUCCUGAUACACGAUCCCCCUCCUGCCUGCUACAGUCCCAGUAGUCCAGUCCAGAUUCUAGAAGACCCCAAUUACUUUUUCCCAGACUUUCCGCUCUAUUCUGGGAGGCAUGAAGCGUCUGUUUUGACGGUGGAGGCAAACAGUACCAUCAGGGAAAAAGUUGUUGAGGAUCCUCUUCGUAACUUCCACUCCCAAAACUUCCUGAGGAUCUCAGAGGUGGAAAUGAGAGGUUCCGAGGAUGCGGCAGCUGGAACAGUAUUACAGCGGCUGAUCCAGGAACAACUGCGCUAUGGCACCCCGACUGAGAACAUGAACUUGCUGGCCAUUCAGCACCAGGCCACAGGGAGUGCAGGUCCAGCCCACCCUACAAACAGCUUUUCUUCCACGGAAAACCUCACUCAAGAAGACCCACAAAUGGUCUACCAGUCGGCACGCCAGGAACCGCAGGGUCAAGAACACCAGGUGGACAAUACGGUGAUGGAGAAACAGGUCCGGUCCACGCAGCCUCAGCAAAACAACGAGGAACUACCCACUUAUGAGGAGGCCAAAGCGCAGUCCCAGUUCUUUAGGGGGCAGCAGCAGCAGCAACAGCCGCCGCCACAGGGGGGCGUAGGUCAUGGCUACUACAUGGCUGGGGGCACCAGUCAGAAGUCCCGGACUGAGGGGAGACCCACGGUGAACCGUGCCAAUAGUGGACAAGCGCAUAAGGACGAGGCCCUGAAAGAACUCAAGCAGGGCCACGUCCGCUCUCUCAGUGAGAGAAUCAUGCAGCUGUCACUGGAGCGGAAUGGUGCUAAGCAACACCUCCCUGGCUCAGGGAAUGGAAAGGGGUUCAAGACAGGAGGGGGGCCUUCCUCAGCCCAGCCUACAGGUAAAGUGCUGGACCCCCGCGGUCCUCCACCCGAGUAUCCCUUCAAGACCAAGCAAAUGAUGUCCCCGGUCAGCAAGACCCAGGAGCAUGGACUUUUCUACAGCGACCAGCACCCUGGGAUGCUCCACGAGAUGGUCAAGCCUUACCCCGCUCCUCAGCCUGCGAGGACAGAAGUGGCUGUCCUGAGGUACCAGCCACCCCCAGAGUAUGGGGUAACGAGCCGUCCAUGCCAACUGCCUUUCCCAUCGACAGUGCAGCAGCACAGCCCGAUGUCCUCCCAGAACUCCUCCGUCAGCGGGCCUCUGCACUCCACCUCCUUGCCGCUUCCACUUCCGGUGACCCUGGCAGCUCCGCAGCCCCCGCCUGCCGCCUCCCCCAGCCAGCAGCUUGGUCCAGAUGCAUUUGCAAUUGUGGAGCGAGCCCAGCAGAUGGUGGAGAUCCUAACAGAGGAGAACCGGGUGCUUCACCAGGAGCUUCAGGGUUACUAUGACAAUGCUGACAAGCUCCACAAGUUUGAAAAAGAACUUCAGAGAAUUUCGGAAGCCUAUGAGAGUCUGGUCAAGUCUACCACCAAGCGAGAGUCACUGGACAAGGCUAUGAGAAACAAGCUAGAAGGCGAGAUUCGAAGACUUCAUGAUUUCAACAGAGACCUCCGAGAUCGACUGGAGACUGCCAACAGACAGCUGUCCAGCAGGGAGUACGAUGGGCACGACGACAGAGCUGCAGAGAGCCUUUAUGCUUCUCAGAACAAAGAAUUCUUGAAGGAAAAGGAGAAAUUAGAAAUGGAGUUAGCAGCAGUGAGGACGGCGAGCGAGGACCACAGGAGGCACAUUGAGAUCCUGGACCAGGCUUUGAGCAACGCCCAGGCCAGGGUCAUCAAGCUGGAAGAGGAGUUACGAGAGAAGCAAGCCUAUGUUGAGAAAGUUGAGAAGCUGCAGCAGGCCCUGACCCAGCUGCAGUCUGCGUGUGAAAAGCGAGAGCAGAUGGAGCGGAGACUGCGGACCUGGCUGGAGAGAGAGCUGGAUGCACUGAGAACCCAGCAGAAACAUGGAAACGGCUCACCAGCCAGCCUGCCUGAAUACAAUGCCCCGGCCCUCAUGGAACUUGUGAGGGAGAAGGAGGAGCGGAUCCUGGCCCUGGAGGCCGACAUGACCAAGUGGGAGCAGAAGUACCUGGAGGAGAGCACCAUCCGACACUUUGCCAUGAAUGCCGCAGCCACGGCCGCAGCAGAGAGGGACACCACGAUCAUCAACCACUCGAGGAACGGCAGCUACGGCGAGAGCUCGCUGGAGGCCCACAUCUGGCAGGAGGAGGAGGAGGUGGUGCAGGCCACGAAGAGGUGUCAGGACAUGGAGUACACCAUUAAAAAUCUCCAUGCCAAAAUCAUAGAGAAGGACGCCAUGAUUAAGGUCCUGCAGCAACGAUCCCGUAAAGAUGCCGGGAAGACGGACUCCUUGAGCCUGCGACCAGCCCGCUCCGUCCCGUCCAUUGCCGCGGCCACCGGGACACACUCUCGCCAGACCUCUCUCACCAGCAGCCAGUUAGCUGAGGAGAAGAAGGAAGAGAGGACCUGGAAGGGGAGCAUAGGGUUGCUGCUGGGGAAGGAGCACCUUGAACACGCGUCCACCCCCGUGCUCCCCACCCCGUCUGCGGCAGCACUGUCCCCCACAUCGGCCAGCAGCGCUCACGCCAAGACAAGCAGCAGGGACAGCAGCACCCAGACGGACAAGGGCGCUGAACUCUUCUGGCCCAGCAUGGCCUCCCUGCCCAGCCGCGGCAGGCUGAGCGGGACCCCGUCCAACAGCCCAGUCCUGAAACACCCAGCGGCCAAAGGGACUGCAGAGAAACUGGAGAGCUCUCCUGGCCACGGGAAGACACCUGACCACAAAGGCCGAGUUAGCUGCUUGCUCCACAAGCCCGAGUUCCCUGAUGGAGAGAUGAUGGAAGUUCUCAUCUAACGCUGGCAUCCCUGCUGAAUCUUGUAACGGGACAUUGACAAGCAAACAAGGAACGUGGCAAAGAGGGAGAAGAAAGAUCAAGAAGGUUGUGGAUGGAAAAUCAAGAAUGACUUGAACUGAUAAAGAUUUCACAUUAGUAAGAACACGUUUUAUAAAUGUUUUUUUUUAAAAAAAAAAAUCAGGAGACCUACAUUAGUGAAGAUGAAGAGAAGGUUUUGGAUUUUUAUUGCAUACGGUGUCAGAGAGAUGAUGCAUGUAGGUUCGGAAACAAACAAGAAAUAGGAAAUGGAAUUUUUCAUUGUACAGAAAAUGUAUCUCGUGGGGAGGGUCUGUGUAUACCCGUUCUCUGGUUAUAAACAGAUAAAUCCGAACAUGGAUC